CCCUCCCAUUCCGCAAGCGAAAACAGAACUCGCACUUUUUUUCUUCUUCCUCUUCUUGUUUUCUCGCGCAAUCCGUCUACAAGAUCAAGAUGUCGAUCACUCCCUUCGACUUCGGUAGUCGGUUAGGAGGCCUUCUCGAUCCCUUCUCCAUCGGUCCCUGGGACCCCUUCGAGGACUUCCCCUUCGAGUCUCGCCUCGUCUUCCCUCGCUUCGGCGAGGACUUCGCCUUCACGGCUGCCGCUGGCGCCCGCGUCGACUGGAAGGAAACCCAGGAGGCGCACGUCUUCAAGGCCGAUCUCCCCGGCCUGCGCAAGGAGGACGUCAGGGUGGAGGUGGAGGACGGCUCGGUCCUCCACAUCAGCGGCGAGCGCAGCCGCGAGCGCGAGGAGAAGACCGACACCUGGCACCGAAUCGAGCGCAGCAGCGGUAAAUUCCAACGCAGAUUCCGCCUGCCGGCUAACGCCAAGGCGGAUCAGGUCAAGGCAGCCAUGGAAAACGGCGUGCUUACCGUUACCGUGGCCAAGGAAGGGGUCAAGAAGCCCAGCGUCAAGUCCAUCGAGAUUUCCGGUUAGUUUCGAGAUUCAGACGUGUGUCUGCCUCGCUACUGCAUCAGAUGCCUAUAUGCUUGCUUCCUUAUGUGCGUUUGUGCUUUUGCUGUUCUUCCUUUUGGGUGAUCUAUCCAGAUCUAUCCACGGUAGUCUACGAUGAUGCUUUAAAUAAAUAGUGUACAAAUCUGUCUAAUUUUGUGUUCUUGGAGUAUUUCGGUUUAAUGAUGCGAGCUGAGCUCUUGAUAA